AUGUACUAUAGCUUCCUCUUCCUUAAGCAUGAAUGUAAACUGCAUGUCGGCCUAUAUCGUUCUGCUUCAGUCUUUAUAGAGCCCAUCACACUUUCCUAUCAAGCCGGGGAACUCCUUACGAAUAUCUGGGAUAGCACCAGUGGCCAUGAACGGACCCAUGUCCGGGAAGAGUGUGAAAACGUUAUUCGCAUUCUUCGGUCCUUGUCGAUCUAUGUUCCUGACACCGGAAAGCAUAAUGUUCUAUAUGACCGGGCCACAGGAGCCGUGACGAUGCUGGAUUUUGGUACGGCGAUUCCGUGUGCUGCGUCAGAACAUAUUCCCUACAUAGAACUGCUAUCAUUGUUUGGAGACCGUGUGAUGUGUGGACAUGAGAGUGGUGGUUAG